CAGGAAUCUUAUCGGGAUGCAAAUCUUCCGAUCUCAACUGAUGUCUUCCUGCUAUAAGUUAUAUGAGUCAGUUCGGAUAAUUUCAUCCGACCUGACAAGACAGCCACUACAUCCUGCACAUUUCGUCUAACACCAAGAAUCGGGAUGUCUGUGGAAGACCCAAAAAAAGAUGCAGAUAGAAGAAUCACAAUCUGGCCACAAUGGUUAGCUACGUGUACACAAUAAUAUGCAUCGAGUUUUGUGAAAGUGAUCACGAACGCGACGUUUACUUAACGUUAAACUUGAUCAAGAGAUCUAAUACAAUCUCUGGUACACAUCAAAAUGCGCCGCACCUCGAGCAUCAAGUCAGCUUAGCUGCUAUCGGAAGUGGUCUCGCGAAUGGUUGGACAUCGCCAUACUUGGCUCAACUGACAUCAACGGAAGCGAGCAUGCCUUUGAGACUGACAGAUAGCGAAGCGUCCUGGGUAGCGUCUCUUUUAAAUCUUGGCCGUCUGGUUGGGGCUUUGCUCAGUGCACUGUGUCAAGAAUAUAUUGGACGGAAAAAAGUACUUCUACUUGCUGGAAUACCAUUAAUAACGAGCUGGAUAUUCAGUAUUUUCGCUACAACGGUUAUGUGGCUCCACAUCUCUAGAUUCUGUUCGGGAAUCGGAUCGGGGAUGAUGUGGGCUGCAUUAUCCUUAUAUCUAAGCGAAAUCGCCGAUCCGAAAAUUCGUGGAUCACUGAUAUCCAUGAACGUGAAUGCAUCUUCCGUUGGUAUGUUCUUGGGCAAUGCAAUGGGUCCUUAUCUGUCCAUGGAGAUGUUCGGGUACGUGAGCCUCGUUCCGAGUAUCCUCUUCAUGAUCCUCUUCAGUUUGAUACCCGAAUCACCCUACCAUUACCUCCUACACGGAGAUAUCGACAAGGCUGAGGCAUCCUUGAAGUGGUUUAGGCGAGAAGCUGACGUCAAAGCCGAGAUGCGAGAUCUUCAAGAAUUCGUCGACGGAGCUGAAACUAAUAUUUUCCUAAAGUUGAAGGAGUUCCUCAUGCCAAGUAAUUUAAAGAAACCUCUCGUCAUAAUUGGUAUCUACGUGUUCUCCUAUGUGAGUGGAUACAGUGCAUUGUACUCUUACGCGGAAAUAAUCCUGACAAAAGGCAGAAUUACCAUAACACCAAGCCUAGUGGUAACGAUCCUUGGAUUCUGUAUGAUCGUAGCCGGUUCGACAGCUACAUUACUAGUCGACAAAUUGGGUAGAAAAUGUCUCUUGAUAAUGUCUAGUGUAGGAACAUCGAUAUCAUUGGCACUUUUAGGAUUGCAUUUUCAUUUUCUUUCAUUAGAAUAUGAUCCAAAUACUUUGACGUGGUUACCGAUAAUCGCGUUAUUAACUCUUAACUUGUCCAUGUCCUCUGGAUUAUUGCCGAUUCCAAGCACACUUUUAGGUGAAAUGUUCACUGCCAAUAUGAAAAAUAUGGCCACCUUAUGCGUGAGUUCCAGUAACGCUUUGCUCUCUUUCGCGAGUGCUAAGUCUUAUCAACCCUUUUUAGAUCUAGUCGGUGAAAAAUUUGUAUAUUGGACUUACAGUAUCUGUGUGCUGUUCUCGGUACCGUAUGUCUAUUUUUUAAUUCCGGAAACGAUGGGCAAAAGUCUCAUAGAAAUUCAACGGUCAAUAAAAAAAUGAUAGUACAU